AACAUUCGUGUGCCUUACAAGAAACAACACACAUUAACACUCCAUCUCACUAUCACAUAAUGCGAUUAAAUCUUCAACCUUCAAUAUCUUCUCGAAUAAAAUCUUUUAUUCUUCUAAAUCUCUCAGAUUUUUACUAACAAUCUUCUUUUUGUUAUGGGAUCUGGAUGGUUGCUCCGGUCUCUCAUAUGUUUCAAAGCAGAAAAACAUACAAAAUCAAACCAAAGCAACGUACAUUCUGAAACACUAAACCGUGUCAAACCGGUCGAAUCAAGCUCAGCGUCCACUACACUUACCGUAGAGAUCGCUGCUAUUCGAAUUCAAAAGGCUUUUAGAGCAUACAAGGCAAGAAAAAGACUAUGCAGCUUGAAGAGCGCAAGGAGAUUUAACGCAUUGGUCCAAGGCCAUACAGUGAGGAACCAAACUUCGAUUGCACUCAAUGUGAUGCAUUCUUGGUGCGAUAUACAGAGUCAGAUCAGAGCACGGCGUAUGUAUAUGGUGACACAAGGUAGACUCCAGAACAAAAGACUGGAGAAUCGGUUGAAGCUGGAGAUCAAGCUUCACGAGAUAGAAGUUGAAUGGUGUGGAGGAUCUGAAACAAUGGAGGAGAUUCUCGCUAGGAUACAACACAGAGAAGAAGCUACAGUGAAGCGUGAACGUGCAAUGGCUUACGCUUUUUCUCACCAGUGGAGGGCUAAUGCUACACAGUAUCUAGGUCAAGCUUCGUUUAAUCUUGACAAAGAAAACUGGGGAUGGAGUUGGAAAGAACGGUGGAUAGCAGCUAGACCUUGGGAGAUUAGGGCUCAAUGCCAAGUCACUAAACCGGCUAGAAAACCAGAAAAAUUAUCACCACCCAAUGUGGCAACAAAGAAAAUAUCCGCUAAACCGGGUUUACCAAACACAAAGGAAGCUGCAAAAUCCAGAAAGCCCGGAUGAAUUUUGAUUAUGAUUUUUUUUUUGUUAAAAAAUAAUCUGUUUACAUUUAAGCAUUGUUCUGUUUGAUUUCUCAAUGGUUUGUUUUAUAUAAAUUGGUCUUUAUUUUUAUACACACUCUUUAUAAGCUUGUUAAAGGUAACGGAACCGUCUGAUAAAUGAAUUGUUUUGGGCUUUAGCUAUUGGGCUAUAGU